AUGUCGCUGGGUAGAAAACUCCGUAAGAAAAGAGCGGAUCUCCCAUUAGCUCAAGAAAAUCCUUUAGAACCUAUUUUCACUCAACCUGUCAAAACUACCUCCACUCCACUUGUGGUUUUACCCACCUCAAGUUCAAGUUCAACUUCAAGUUCGACUUCAAGUUCAGGUUCGAUAUCUAAAUCUUCACUAUUGUCAAGUUCCUCUUCCUCCUCGUCUGGCUCUAAGUUGAGUACGUCGAGUAUAUCAAGUACGUCAAAGUCUUCAAUUUUGUCCAGUAGUACGAAAUCUACGAGUGUUGUCAAGCCUGUUAUUACGGAGACGAGUACGACUAGUAGUGCUGGAUAUAUUUUUUUGACUACUUUCAACGCUGAUUUUCCCGUGGAAACUUAUACUAGUACUGCUCAGUCUAAUCAUGUGGGAUAUGUUUUCGUGCAUAAUCAACUUGAGGAUAGUACUAUCCUCUUCGUCAUCUUCCUAGCCGCAUUCUUCCUCUUCACAGCUUGUAUAAUCCGUCUCACCCGAUGGACAGACUCUCGUUUUGGUAAAGCGAAAGAAGAUACCAUGCUGAGUGAUGAUAUGAGAUGGGCCGAAGGACGUGAAGUGAUCGAAAAAAGGGUAGUGUGGCAAGUCAGAGAACAUGAUCGUGUUUCAGAAGAUAACGAACCGCUCAUGAGACCUGGAAUGAAUGUUGGGUCUAAACCAUUAAGACCUUCUCAGAACGGUCGGAAUAGAGUAGGGAAUGGACCUAGUAAAUUGAGAUUAGGUUGA